UGGCUGUCAUUUGGCCAAGUCAGUAGCCGGUAUGACCCGUGGCGCACAAGGACUGGAGCAAACGAGUAGUGUACGUAAAUUAACGAUUCAAAUGCUACAUCGUCGCUUGAGGAUUGUAACGAGCAAUCAAAUGCUCGGCUACGUAAAUUUUUUAUCUCAAUGAGAAAAGUAAAAGCGCGACAAAUCGCUUAUCGUAUUGAGGAAGUGAUCGUUAACGUUCUGAGGGGUGAAUUCUUUUUAUUAGAUUUUUUUUUACUUCACGCAGAGUGCCUCUCUGUUGCCCCCUGCUGGCCAUGCUGAGUGUGUGCUCCGUGUUCCUGCUAGUGGCGGCCACAGCCUCGGCCUCUGCAGAUCCAGACACACACAGACAUGACUCCAACCUGGAGAUCUACAAGCGCCUGUUUGAGACAAAGAGGAAGGAUCAGCUGAACGCCCUGAAGAACCUGGUGGAGCUGAACGACAUCAACCAGCAGUACAAGAUCAUAGACAUUAUGCUCAAAGGCUUGUUCAAGGUGCUGGAGGAUUCCAGAGCGAUCCUAAUUGCAGCCAACAUGCAGCCUGAUGACCCAUUCCCCAUGGACGACAAGAUCAAAGAAGCCUACUCCCAUGUGGUGGAGAACACGGCGUUCUUCGGCGACGUGGCUUUGCGGUUCCCCCGCAUCGUCCACCAUUACUACGACCGCAACUCUGAGUGGGGGGGGCUGCUGCGCUGGGGGCUGCGCUUCUGCAACCUCACCGGGGUCUUCACUGGGGGGGCACACCAGCAUGUGCUCACACUGAUGUCGCAGGAGCUGGGAAUAGCAGAGAAAUCUCCUGACUUCACCAACCCCUACCGCACGGAGAGAGACGAUCUGCUUCACACUGCUGAGGCCUUUCAGAAGAUCCUCAGGGAGGAGGAGAAGAGGAGGAGGAAGGAGGAGAAGAGGAAAGAGAUCAGAAAAGGCCCACGCAUCUCUCGCUCCCGCACUGAGCUAUGAGACUGUACCCCAGCAUCCUGGGAGCAUGGGAGGAGAAGAGAGGAGGAGGACUGGAGAGGAAGGGAGGAGGAGUGGAGAUGAAGGGAGGAGGAGGAGUGGAGAGGAAGGGGGGAGAGAGAACGUUUGAAGGAAUAGCCUUGAGGCAGAAGGGGGAGAGUUAACUAAUGAGCUCUGUCCAGGUAUAAAAUAGCAGGACACAGGAACGAAUAGUCCAGGAGCCUUCUGUAGAAGGGGAUUUGAAAAGGGAAAACCAUUUUGAUAACUUGAUUACAAAUAAAUGUACUUUGGAAUAUAAUUCAUUUGAAUAUGAUGAAUUUACAAGAACAACUUCAAAUAGAGAUUGCUAUGUGUUAUAUUUAAACUUUACAAUACACUGUAUUAUCAUAUACUACAAACAAGCACUGAAGUAAUUCAAUUUAGCCUCAAUUUGUAUAGAAGAAUGUAUUUGGUUUACCCAUAAAGCCAAGCUUAAAAUACAAUGCUUGGAAAUAGGUAGUUUUGCUGAAUUAAUUCAUAUUUUUGUCCCCUUUCUGUUAGUUGUUAGUUGUAAUUAUGAUAUUUCGCUGUGAUUGAUGGUCCGGUUGUGCGAUCUGUGCCUGGCAGUGUGCGCGAGCUCCCGGCCUUCUCUGAGGUAGACUUCAAAACACCUUGUUGUGUGUCCGAAAAGGUUGUUUACCUGGCAGCCGGUUGUGGAUAACAGUGUGUUUGUGUUCGUUCUUUAAGUCUGUAUUAAAGAAUUAAACAUGUUUUACCAAAACUGAGAAGGGAGAGUGACUGUAUCACGAGCUACUGUAAGUAUAGUCUAACUGCCUGUCAACAUCUAUCUUCAUUAGAACAUUUAAGUGUUGUCGAUUUAUCCUGGCUUAAUUCAGGCAUCAAAUAGGCCUACUGUAGAUGAUCCCCUCAUGUUAAUUAAUUGGUUUUAAGAUUUCCUUGUCAUUCAUGGUGCAGCAAAUCCGUAUUUCAAAGGUAACGAUAUAUUGCAUUUAAAGAAAUGGUGGCGAUAUUUGAGACCGUUUUGUAAAUGCGACUGUUAUUUGUAUAUUUAAAGAAAUUAUAUAUAUAUAUAAUUGCUGAGAUGUUAUCACAUGAUAAUAAACACGCCUAUUGUCGUUUUAUUA